AUGCUGCGUGAGGCUCCUGUAUGCUGCCUGUUAGCUGUGGGUCAAGUCGAUGAAGAAAAAAACCUGAUACUGAGAAACUUGUUGCAAGUUAUGGGGUAUGGAGGUGGCAGUCAGUCAGCCAUCAAAGGAGUUAUUGUGCAGUUCAGUUCUGCUGUUAAGUCAAUGCAGACGUCUACUACAACAGCCUCGGUAUCUGUGUUAGGUUCCGAGAAGGAACUGCGGCAAGACGCUGAAGCUGCAAGUAAAAUAGUUUGUUAUAAACGUGAUAGAAGGACUAUGUGA